AUAGAAGCUAUAUAUACAUAUACAUAUAUAUACAUAAUCUCGCCGGAAAAUUCAUGCCUAUAAUAUUUUACGUAUCAAACUUCGUAAAAACGAUAGAGGAGGGUCGUGAGAGGUCUAGGAAUACUUCCCAAUAAAUUCCAGACCGAUUCAUAGUCACCGGAGCAUCCUAGAGGUCGCCGGAGUUGCAAGCCGUGGAAACGGGUCUUCAGAAAAGACACGAUUUUGCCGUAGAUAGGGGUGGCGGAGCUUCUCCUCGACGUGAGGAUCAUUUUGCAACUUGAAUCGUCGAAAUCCGUUACCUAAGGAGAAUUCAAGUGAAGAUCAAGCUAGAGAUUUUAUUAAGGAGAUUAUCGCAAUUUAAGAUAUCAUGGCACCGAGAAGAGACCCUGAUAACACGCCCACCAAUGCUGAGUUGGCACAAAGCGUUCAACAACUGGCACAAUUCAUGCACACACUGGGUGCUACUGUGCUCCAGAACAACCAAAACCAGAACAACGGGAAUGAUGCCGCAAAACGAGUGGCAUCUCGCAACCCUCCAAGCUUUCAUGGGCAAGAAGAUCCUCGUAUCCUCGAGAAUUGGCUCCGACUCUUUGACAAACUCUUCGACGCAGUGAGCUGUCCGGAAGAGCAAAGGGUUGACAUUGCUGUUUACUAUUUACAGCAAGAGGCGGAUAACUGGUGGGUCUCAUCAGGCCCAACUUUACGUCAACAACCUGACUUCAAUUGGGAAGCUUUCAAGAUUGCCAUGAGGAAACGUUUUUAUCCUGCACACGUUCAGGCCACCAUGCGUGAUGAAUUCAUACAUUUGAAACAGAUGGGCAUGAGUGUCCAGGAAUAUCACAAUAAAUUCGUGGACCUCGCGCCAUUUGCGAAAACAAUAGUGCCUGAUGAAAGCACCAAAGUUGAGAAAUUUAUCUACGGAUUAAACUAUGAUACGCAGAAAAUCGUCGCUGUUUUGGGUUGCCAAACUCUGACUGAUGCUUAUGAUAGAGCUGCAGUUCACUAUCGAGUUCAGCAACUACAAAGAGAGAGGAACCAGAAGAUGAAGAGGGACGAAGAUGGAGGUCGAGGAGAAAAGAGGGUCAGAGUGCACCCACCUACACAGCAACAAGAAGGGAGGAGGAGGAGAGAUGACCAAGGUGGAAGAAAUUUCCACGGUCAAAACCAACAAAAUGAUCGAAGAGCUGCUCCCAGAGAUAGACACUUCUACUGCAAGAGGUGCGGGAGAGAUCAUCCCGGUGUUAACUGCGAUGGAAGCCUGACAAAAUGUUUCAAUUGUGGGAAGCUAGGGCACCGAACCUUCGAGUGUCUCUCAAAGACCAAUGGGGCACCAGUGAACCAGGUGCAAUACCGUGAUGGAGGAAGACCAGAUAUGAACCAAGCUGGGCCAAAUGGAGGACAAAAUAACAACAACAAUGCCGCCUCCGCCAACAACAACCGCAACCCUCGAGGAGGAGGGGAGAAUAAUCGUGGCAAUGGCAAUGGCGGGAACAAUGGCAAUGGUGGAAACAACGGCAACCGUCCGAACCAAGGGCGAAUCAUGGUGAUGAAUCAGGCCCAAGCCAAUGCUAAUGAUGUGGUUUCAGGUACAUUCCUUGUAAAUUCUGAGCCUGCUUAUGUUCUAUUCGAUUCUGGUGCUUCUCACAGUUUCAUAUCUUCUAAUUUCGUUAAGAAAUUGAAGAUUGAACCAACAGCUAGAAUAGACUUGAAUGUAAGAACCGCCUCAGAUAAAUUUGUAACUUGUGGAAAUGUAUACUCCAACAUUUCCAUACUCAUAUCUGAAUCCAACCUUCAUGGAGAUUUAAUCCAAUUUGACUUAAAAGAUAUAGACAUAGUACUGGGCAUGGAUUGGUUGGGGAAAUACAAAGCCAGGAUCCUCUGUGAUGAACAGAAGGUAAUCUUGAAGGGUCCAAAUGGGAAGCGAAUAUCUUACAAAGCAAUCACUUCCAAGCCUAGUAUGAAGCUGAUGACUAUGCAACAAUUAAAGCGACAUAUCCGAAAGGGGUAUGAAACCUACUUGUGCUUUAUGAAAGAGGUGAAUACAGGGGAACCAAACAUUGACCAAAUUGCCGUAGUCAAUGAAUUUCCGGAUGUAUUUCCGGAAGAGAUUCCAGGGAUGCCACCCGAGAGAGAAGUUGAAUUCUCAAUUGAGUUGAUGCCCGGAACCGCGCCAAUUUCAAAAGCACCUUACCGGAUGGCACCGAAAGAAAUGCAGGAGCUGAAGGAACAACUAGAGGAGUUGUUAGAAAAGGGGUACAUAAGACCGAGUGUCUCACCUUGGGGCGCUCCGGUCUUAUUUGUCAAAAAGAAAGAUGGGAGUCUAAGGCUAUGCAUCGAUUACCGAGAGUUGAAUCAAGCAACUAUCAAGAACAAGUAUCCAUUGCCCCGAAUUGACGACUUGUUUGAUCAAUUGAAGGGGGCUAGCACGUUCUCUAAGAUAGACUUGCGCUCUGGAUAUCAUCAAGUGAGAAUAUCCGAAAAAGAUGUACCAAAAACAGCAUUCCGCACGAGGUAUGGACACUACGAGUUCACUGUGAUGCCGUUUGGUUUAACAAAUGCACCGGCGGUAUUCAUGGACCUAAUGAACCGUGUAUUCCGACCUUAUCUUGAUACAUUUGUGGUGGUAUUCAUCGAUGAUAUUCUUGUGUAUUCAAAAACCCCGGAAGAUCACGAGAAACACUUGAGACUCACGUUACAAACUUUGAGAGAGAACCAGUUGUAUGCCAAACUCUCAAAGUGUGACUUCUGGCAGGAUCGGGUAGCGUUCCUGGGUCACAUCAUCACCCAGGAAGGCGUAUCCGUAGAUCCAUCGAAGAUUGAAGCGGUGGUUGAAUGGCGUGCACCUACCUCGGUCACAGAGGUAAGAAGUUUCUUGGGUCUAGCGGGAUACUAUAGGAGAUUUGUUAAAGAUUUCUCCAAGAUAGCAAGACCGCUAACCAAUCUGACAAAGAAGACAACCAAGUUCCAAUGGAAUGAAGAUUGUGAAGCAGCAUUCCAAGAGUUGAAGAAAAGACUCACAACUGCACCGGUCUUGACACUACCGUCAGGGACGGAGGGAUUUGAUAUUUAUAGUGAUGCAUCCAAAAAGGGGUUGGGGUGUGUGCUAAUGCAAAAUAGGAAAGUGGUGGCUUAUGCAUCAAGACAACUAAAGGUGCAUGAAGUCAAUUAUCCUACCCAUGACCUGGAGUUAGCUGCAGUAGUGUUUGCUUUGAAAAUCUGGAGACAUUACCUAUACGGAGCACAUUGUAAGAUAUACACUGACCACAAAAGCUUGAAGUACAUAUUCACUCAAAAAGAGCUUAACAUGAGGCAAAGAAGAUGGCUCGAGCUUAUCAAUGAUUACGAUCUAGAAAUCCAAUACCACGAGGGAAAAGCUAACGUGGUGGCGGAUGCUUUGAGCCGGAAAUCUGAGCACUCAUGCCGAGCAACAUGGAUAUUACCAGAAGAACUAUUCCGAGACUUCCAAGGAUUGAGCUUGGAAGUAAAGCAAUAUGGCGAAGUAGAUGGUGAAAUACAGUUAUGUACUAUGACUGUUAUACCAUCUAUCUUUGACGAAAUCAAGAACGGACAACCGGGAGAUGUAAAGCUCGAAAGAGUCAAGGAAGGAAUGAAAGAUGGCGUCAACGGACCAUUUAAGAUGCAUGAAGAUGGGAGCAUCCGAUACAAGGGAAGAUGGUGUGUUCCACUGAAGUGUGCAGAUAUUAAAAAACAAAUCAUGGAGGAGGGACACAACACGCCCUACUCGGUACAUCCCGGGGGAGACAAACUAUACAAAGACCUCAAGAAGAACUUUUGGUGGCCGGGAAUGAAGAAAGAAGUAGCUGAAUUUGUAUCCCGAUGUUUGAACUGCCAAAAAGUCAAAGCGGAGAGAUGCAAACCCAAGGGACUCGUGCAACCCUUGGAAGUACCAACAUGGAAAUGGGAUUCAAUCUCAAUGGACUUUGUCGGGGGUUUACCUUUAACAAAGUCCGGGAAAGAUAAAAUUUGGGUGGUAGUGGAUAGAUUGACCAAAACUGCAAGGUUCAUUCCUAUGAAUGAAACCUGGAGCAUGGAGAAACUGGCUAAAGCCUAUGUCAAACACGUGGUCAAACACCACGGAGUACCUCAAGACAUCGUAUCGGACCGAGAUUCACGAUUCUUAUCCCAAUUUUGGAAAGAAUUACAAACGGCUAUGGGAACAAAAUUGAAGUUAAGUACUGCUUUCCAUCCAACCACGGACGGACAGACCGAAAGAACAAUCCAAACAUUAGAAGACAUGUUGAGGGCAUGUGUUCUUGAUUUGCAAGGAUCAUGGGAUGAACACCUAGACUUAGUAGAGUUUUCGUACAAUAACAGUUACCAUGCUAGCAUCGGAAUGGCCCCAUACGAAGCUCUAUAUGGUCAAAAGUGUAGGAGUCCCUUAUGUUGGGGUGACAUGGUCGAUCAGGUGGUUCUAGGACCACAAUACUUGCAAGAUACUAUUGAGAAAAUCAAGGUCAUCCAAGAAAGGAUGAAGGCUGCCCAAGACCGACAGAAAUCAUAUGCCGAUCUUGGGAGAAAACCAGCUGAAUUCGAAUUAGGGGAGAAAGUUCUACUCAAAGUCUCUCCUACAAGAGGCGUAAUGAGGUUCGGGAAGAAAGGGAAACUAAGUCCGAGAUUCAUCGGACCCUAUGACAUCCUAGAGAAGGUGGGAAAAGUGGCAUAUCGAUUAGCUCUACCCACGGAGUUGGAUAAGGUACAUAACGUCUUUCACGUAUCACAAUUAAAGAAGUAUGUUCGAGAUGAGUCACAUAUCAUCAAUCCGGAGGUGAUUGAAAUGGAUGAGACAUUAUCCUACGAAGAAAAACCCAUAGAGAUUCUCGAUACUAAGACCCGAGAGACAAGGAAGAAGACAGUUAAGAUGGUAAAAGUACUUUGGUCAAACCAUUUGACCGAGAAUGCAACAUGGGAAACCGAAGAGGAUAUGCGUAAACGGUAUCCUGAACUUUUCAAUUAAGGUAAAUAUUCGGUUACGAGGACGUAACCUUUCUUUUAGGGGGGCAGGUUGUAAUAUCUUAUAAACCUAUAAUACUUCAUCUUCAUACUUAAUUCUCGUCUUAGUUUAUGCUUCGAGGACGAAGCAUUCUUUAAGGAGGGUAGAAUGUGAUACCUUGAAAAUUUGAAAUAAAAAUAAAUAAAUAAAUCAGAUAAGUUAUAUCUGAUAAAUCAAAUGAAAGUAAGAUCAAAAUAUUUUUUUUAUUAUACUUGGUGUAUAAAAAUAUACGCACACUACAUGCAAUAGAAUUAAACACUUAUGUAGCAUCGGAAAAAUAAAAUAAAAAAUAAAAUAAAAAUAAAAUGGAAAUAAAUCAGAUAAAAUAUAGGUGACAGAAUGAAUAAAUAAAUAAAUAAAUAAAUAAAUAAAUAAAUAAAAAUAGUAAGCAUAUUAUAAAUUACUAAUAAUAGCAUCAAAUUAAUAAAUGAAAAUAUCAUAUCAUAAAACAAUGACACAUGCUAAGAUCACCUACCAAAUAAUGUAUAUACAUUAUGUACAUAUAUUUAAAUAUAUAUAUUUAUAUGUAGAACUCAAAAUACAUUUAAGUAAUUAAAAAUAAUAAUAAUAAAAUAAAAUAAAAUGAAACAUCAAUAUAAAUGGGAAUCAAAUCAGGGAUCAAUACACAUGCCAUGUUCAUCAACUACCAACCUAUCAUUAUGUAUAGACAUUAUUAUUUUUAUUAUUAUUAUUAUUAUUAUUAUUAUUAUUCAUACAAUUAUCAAAUAAAUAAAAUAAACCAUAAGGACCAUCUAGACCUAUAAAUACACCCUCUUAGCCAUCCUAAACACUGCAAAUCGGAGAGAUAGAAGCUAUAUAUACAUAUACAUAUAUAUACAUAAUCUCGCCGGAAAAUUCAUGCCUAUAAUAUUUUACGUAUCAAACUUCGUAAAAACGAUAGAGGAGGGUCGUGAGAGGUCUAGGAAUACUUCCCAAUAAAUUCCAGACCGAUUCAUAGUCACCGGAGCAUCCUAGAGGUCGCCGGAGUUGCAAGCCGUGGAAACGGGUCUUCAGAAAAGACACGAUUUUGCCGUAGAUAGGGGUGGCGGAGCUUCUCCUCGACGUGAGGAUCAUUUUGCAACUUGAAUCGUCGAAAUCCGUUACCUAAGGAGAAUUCAAGUGAAGAUCAAGCUAGAGAUUUUAUUAAGGAGAUUAUCGCAAUUUAAGAUGAUUAUGAUUAUGAAGAUUGAUGUACUUGCUGCCCGAGUGUUCCGCUAGUUGCACACGUUUGAUUAAUUAUUGUUGUUUAAAUUUGUAAUCCAUAAACUUUGUUUAAGUUUUAUCUGAUGACUACUUGAAUUAAUGGUGGAUAGCCUGUGCACUCAAUCAUGUAUAGGUUGAGUGUGGCGGUGACACACCUGUUUUUCCAUCAAAGACUUCCACUGUACUCUAAAUAUGUUUUAUAAUAAAGAUGUUUUCAUUUCAAAAUGUUAUUUUAUUUUGGUGGGAAAAAUGGGGGUGUUACAGUGACAUCUAUUAAAUGUAAGAUGUUGGAGUCUCAAAAUUGUG